CGGCCGCCGGGCCCGGGGCAGGAGGGCGCCCGGUGGAGCUGCCGGCGGGGGCAGCGCGGCCGCGGGGGGAAGCGGCGGGUCCCCCCGGUCCCCCCUCACCCGGCGGUGCUGUGUCCGCAGGCCGGCGGCGAUGGAGGAGGGCAUGCAGCAGAAAGCGACGGAGCUGGAGCACAUGGCCGAGGUCCUGCUCACCGGCGAGCAGCUCCGGCUCCGACUGCAUGAAGAGAAGGUCAUUAAAGAUCGGCGUCACCACCUCAAGACGUACCCAAACUGCUUUGUUGCCAAAGAGCUGAUCGACUGGCUGAUUGACCAUAAAGAGGCCUCCGAUCGAGAGACGGCAAUUAAACUGGUGCAGAAAUUGAUGGAUCACAGCAUUAUCCACCAUGUCUGUGAUGAGCAUAAAGAAUUCAAAGAUGUCAAACUGUUCUACCGCUUCAGAAAAGAUGAUGGGACGUUUCCACUGGACAAUGAGGUGAAGGUCUUCAUGAGAGGACAAAGACUGUAUGAAAAGCUGAUGAGUUCUGAAAAUACUCUCCUGCAAGCCAGGGAAGAGGAAGGAGUCAAGUAUGAACGGACCUUUGUGGCAUCGGAGUUCAUUGACUGGCUGAUCCAGGAAGGAGAAGCCACCACACGGACUGAAGCAGAGCAGCUCGGCCGCAGGCUCUUGGAGCACGGGAUUAUACAGCACGUGUCCAACAAGCACCAUUUUAUGGACAGCAACUUGCUCUACCAGUGCAGAAUGAAUUUCCGCCGGCGACGGCGAUUAAUGGAGCUCCUGACAGAGAAAUCUCGCUUGAUGCCAGAAAGCCAUGACAGCCCCUUUUGCCUGCGCAAGCAGAACCACGACAACAGAAAACACACCAGUUUUCUCUCAGUGAGUCCCACCAAGGAGAUAAAGAUCGUGUCGGCGGUACGGAGGAGCAGCAUGAGCAGCUGUGGCAGCAGCGGGUACUUCAGCAGCAGCCCAACGCUCAGCAGCAGCCCCCCCGUGCUCUGCAACCCCAAGUCUGUAUUAAAGAGACCCGUGACUGCUGAUGAGCUCUUGAUGCCUGGAGCCCCAUACGUAAGAAAAACUUUUACGAUCGUCGGCGACGCAGUGGGCUGGGGCUUUGUGGUGCGGGGGAGCAAGCCCUGCCACAUCCAGGCUGUGGACCCCAGCGGGCCAGCAGCCGCCGCUGGUAUGAAGGUUUGCCAAUUUGUUGUAUCUGUCAAUGGCCUCAACGUUCUCCACGUGGAUUACAGGACAGUGAGCAACCUCAUCCUGACCGGCCCUCGAACGAUUGUGAUGGAAGUGAUGGAAGAAAUAGAGUCCUGAGAAGGAAAAAAACCCCUUAGUGGAUAUUUUUGUGAGAGGAAAAGCGACGACCAUGGAGCGGCACGACACAAGGGGCGGAACGUUGCUGUGUCUUAAAUAGAUGAUUUUGCUUUUAGGGGAGGGGGGCUCUCUUUCUUUUAACAGUAAUAGCACUGGCGAUUAUGCUAAGAAAUGAACAAUAGAUACCAGCAUAUUUUCACUAAGGACUUUUCUUUGCCCGACGGAGACAAGGUUAAGUUCUUUAGGUUGCCUGGCCAGCCACGUCUGCAUGGGGCAGAAUGGUUUCCCACCUAAGAGAACAUGCAGGUUUCCUCAGAGUCCACCACUGGAUCAAAGCACCAGAUGAAAGAACCAAGCACUGUGGACAUCACGGGUGGUUUGCAUGACAUGUACGCUGGCAAACACCCUCCUGGUGCCCAGCUUUGCCCCAGGAGCACGCGGUGUCGCAGUUGCUCUCUCCUUGGGCCAAGGGACAGCUGACUAAACGCUGGCUUGAUUGCAAUCGAACACAAACGAGCUGCACAUGCAUGAAACAAGGUGUCCGUUCUCUGCAGAGGACACCCUGGUAUGAAUGUUUGGGCCUGAAACAACACACAGAUCAGCCUGGAAAGAAAAAUCAUGCAAACGGGAAAGCGUGCGGUACGUGUACAAAAUCUGCCUUUGAAAAUCGGGCUUUUUAUUUAGAUGCCUGCGCACUGGCUUAGGUGCUCGAGUAUAAAAUGUUGAUUUGGGGCUUUUUCCUUAUCUGUAAAGGAAAGGUGUCUGUCUCAGCCUUGCUGUUCGUCAUUGGGAGAAAUUUUGGACACCUUUAUUCUGAGAAGAAGAAUAGUAUUUGGCAGGUUGAAGUGGGAAAUGCACAGUGUUAGCAUUAGCAGUGAUACAGCCAGAGGCUCCAGGAGAGAAGUACACUUCAAAUUGAAGCAAUGUACUCAAAUGUACAUUAAGCUUGUUAGCACUUUCCAAUCAUCAAAUGUUUUGCCAACUACAGACUUGCCACCUGAGUUGCAUUUGACACUAUUACUAAUAAAACAUUGUAUUUAACUGGCUCUUACUCUUUUUCAAACAGCAGGGUUUCCUCACUGAGGAAUCAAAGAAACAAAUCUUUUUAAAAAACGUAUAUCCAAAUUCCAUAUUCUGCAGAGUUAGGUGACUCCUCAGCUUGAUGAUAAUUGGAUUUCAUGAGUUUUAUUUGAUCUUUGAACUGAGCACAUAUAUCCUUGUCCACAAAAUUAUAAAUAUAUAUUGCAGACUUUCUCUGCUGUCUAAAUUUUGCAAUUAAACCUUGACUUUCUAUAUGAGCACACCACAAAUCCUUCAGUUUCGGGGUGGGGAAAGUAUUUUUUCCUCAAAUAAUUUUGAAAUAUGUUUUAUAUUAAAAAUUGUUCUCACUAAAAAUA